ACUUUGGUUUCUUCACAACUUAUGACUGAAAAGAGAGAGCGAGAGAGAGAGUGAGGGAAAAAUGAUGAUAGGAGAUGUAGAAAAAAUGGUUGCUAUCGGUCUCGUUUGGGGCGCCACCAAUGUUCUGAUGCGCCGCGGCGCUCUUCUCUGGGACCAAGCUCUCAAAUCUUCCUCUGAUUCAACUAAACCCUUUUCCUCCCUCCGUCGAUGGCUCAAGCUCUUCUCUAUUUGGCAGUACACUCUCCCUUUUUUUCUUAAUCUCACUGCCUCUGCUACCUUCUUCACCAUUCUAAGCCAUGCCCCAAUAUCUCUCGCCGUUCCGGUCACCAACGCUACUACUUUUGCUGAUGCUGUUUUCGGAAUGCUCCUUGGCGAGGCCACUCGUGUCGGGUACGCUCUGUUUGGUACCACUCUCAUUGGUUUCGGCGUAUGGCUUUGCAUUAACUAAUGCUGAUUUCUCAAUCGCAGAAUUUAGGUUUUCUUGUAAUUUUUCUCUUUCUAGAGAUGUAUGAUAUGAAUCUGUCCAAAGUAGCCCUGCUGAAUUUUACUCUGACAUUAACUGUAGUGAAAUUGGGAUGUGUUUAGUCUCUUCAAAUUCGAAAAUGAUUUGUUUAAUGCACUGAAAGAGAGCUGGUUGUUUUGAUGACGGGUCGAAGAAUUAGAAACUUGAGAGGAUGGACAUGGUUGUGAGUUCCUAUGCCAACUUUCUAUCCAACUCUUUUUAUCUACU